UAGAUCUAGAUAGAUUAUUCUAUUUAACCAACCUUUGUGGCAGUUUUGGACAUAAGAUCCAUGAUGAAACGAAAUAAACGUUUUUAGUGUGGUAAACGUUUCCAUUAUCAGGAAACUCAACGCUGUGUCGAGUCUUUGUUUACCUUUCUUCGGCUUUUCAGCUUCGACUGCUGUUUCAUUCAGUCAAGAUUUUUGGUAACCUCAGCAGUGUGUCCUACAACAGUGACACUGUGUAGUGUGUAGAGUUGAGUUUCAUUGUUGAAAAUGGAAAAGUUGAAAGAGGAGAAACAAGAGGAUCCACAGAUAGACCCCAAAGAUGUACCAUUCUGGUUGUCAGCCAGACUGGCCCUAGCAGUCAUAGGUUUCUUUGGUUUCAUCAACGUGUACGCCGUCAGGGUCAACCUGAGUAUGGCCAUAGUCUGCAUGGUCAGCCGCAACACCUCAGUCAGUCUAAUGAACAGCACCUCGUCAGAUUCUGAGUGUGUUGCCUCACACAACAGCACAAGGGAGGAUGAUGAUUUGGGUGGGACUCUAGACUGGACUAAAACCCUUCAAGGGACAAUACUGGGGUCUUUCUUCUGGGGCUACCUUGUGGGUCAGAUCCCAGCAGGUUGGCUGGCCACGAGGUUUGGUGGCAAAUGGAUCUUUGGGGUCACCAUGUUGAUCUCGUCCAUCUGCACCCUGCUGACCCCUGUCCUGGCCCAGGCUAGCGAGUACGCCCUCAUCUUUGUACGUGUUGUCUUGGGUGUUGUCACGGGUAUGACCUUUCCAGCUAUGCAUACAAUCUGGGGCAAGUGGGCUCCACCUCUAGAGAGAACAAAGCUAAUUACCUUCACCUAUGCAGGAGCACAGGUUGGCAUAGUGGUCACCUUCCCCCUCUCUGGUUACUUGUGUAAAUAUGGCUUUGCUGGAGGUUGGCCCUCUGUGUUCUAUGUCACAGGUGUGUGCUGUUUUGUCUGGACCAUUGUGUGGAUUUUGCUGGUGUCUGAUGACCCGCUUGACCACAAGCGUAUCAGUGAGGUAGAGAGAGAUUACAUCACACGCUCACUCAAAUCUUGUGCUGUCACCAAGAAGUCUUUCAAAGUGCCGUGGUUAAAGAUAGUUACAUCCCUGCCAGUGUGGGCCAUCAUUGUGGCCAAUGUUACAUCGGACUGGGGAGCCUACACGCUGCUCACCAACAUCCCCACAUACAUCAAUGAAGUGCUCAAGUUUGACAUCACAGAUAAUGGAGCGGUGUCAGCCUUGCCAUAUAUUCUGUUCUGGCUGGUGAUCAACAUAGGGGGAUGGGUGGCAGAUCUCAUACGUGACAAGCACGUACUGUCUACCGGUGUCACAAGGAAGGUCUUCACUGCCUUGGGUAAACUCCUCCCUGCGGUCAUGCUCGUUGGCCUGGGGUAUGUCAGCUGCUCCCAGCCCACCCUGGCCAUAAUCCUGCUGGUGCUGUCCGUGUCACUGACUGGCAUUCAGUACAGCGGCUUCCUGGUCAACCAUGUGGACAUUGCUCCGGCAUUUGCUGGCAUCUUGUUUGGGAUCAGUAACUCUCUAGCUGCUGUGACUGGAUUUAUCUCCCCUGUCAUUGUUGGGGUCAUCACAAAUGAGAAACAAACAAGAGCAGAAUGGCAGAUUGUGUUCUACAUCGCUGCAGCAAUCUAUUUGUUUGGUGCUGUGUUCUUUAUUAUCUUUGCUUCUGGAGAGCUCCAACCUUGGUCAAGGGUGGAACAAGGGGAGGAUAAAUCCCAAUUUGAGUUGAAUGUUGAUGGUGAGGGGGACAAAAUGCUGAAGGAUGGGAAAGCUCUGGCUUAAACAUUUGAACUACUCACUCUGGAUAUUAAAACAUGGAGAACAUUACGAUUCAGCCCUACAGAAUUCUUACUCACCCAGCUAACAAUGAAUACCCCAAAUGUGUUGGCUGAUUUAAAUUUUCCUGAUCACAAAGAUCAUUCAACUGUACCUUUAUUUUUGUUAAACACAGGGUAUAUUCUAGAAAAUAAUUACCUGAAUUUUUAAAAUGGACAAUGAAAUUAGGCAUUAAGUUUUGAUGUUUAUAUUAUUUUAACUUAUCUCUGAUACUGUUUCUGUAAUACUUAAAUUAUUGGAUGUUUAUUUUAUUCUUUUGUAUAUAUUUUUAAAAUAAUUUAGUUUUUAUGUAGCUUUACCAUAGUUGUUUAAAAUGAU